AUGAAAAAACUGAAGAAAAGUGGGAAAGCUUCUCGUGCUGAGAUCUUGUUGAUGUAUCAGAUGAUCAUAACUUCCAUAAUGGUUCUUCUGGGUUAUUCGAUCGUUUAUCAGAUGAUUUCAAUAAUUGUGAAUGCUCUAUUUGGUUUCAAUUUAUACAAUGCAUUUACCUAUCUCACUUCUGCUUCCUAUUACUUCUUUUUUCACUUUUAUAAUCUGUAUUUUAUUCCUUCGGAAGCCAUCCACGUC